AUGUCUCCACCUGAAGAACAUCACGGCCUCAAGUCCAAAUGGCCUCAAGCCUUCGAUCUCGCUGGUUCAAACUCCCCCUGUCGAAUCGAAGGAGAAAUCAGUGAUCUCAUCGUCCUCGGCGAAAUCCCAGCUGCUAUCGACGGGACCUUCUACCGAGUCAUGUGCGAUCCUUUCGUCCCUCCCCACCCUAACAAUGUUCCUCUCGACGGCGACGGCCACGUCUCUGCUUUCAGGAUCCACGACGGUCGAGUUGACAUGAAGAUCAAAUACGUCGAAACAGAGCGCUAUAAGCUUGAGAGAAAAGCCGGCAAGGCUUUAUUCGGGCUGUAUAGAAAUCCAUUCACGCAUCAUCCCUGUGUAAGAGCAGCCGUCGACUCCACUGCCAACACGAACAUGGUUUACUGGGCGGAUCGGCUCUUGGCGCUUAAGGAAUCUGCGCUUCCUUAUGAGAUGCAUCCUGAUACCCUUGAGACUCUCUGUUACGAUCCGUUUGGAGGCCAGGUCAAUGCAAAGGCGUUCACGGCACAUCCGAAAAUUGACCCGUUCUCUGAUGAACUCGUUGUCUAUGGGUACGAAGCCAAGGGUCUAGCGACUAGAGAUAUAGUCAUUUAUUCGCUAGACAGGAACGGGGUUAAACAUGAUGAGCAAUGGAUUGAAUCUCCCUGGUGCGCUCCCAUCCAUGACUGCGUCAUCACACCCAAUUUCAUCGUCCUUGUCCUAUGGUGCUUUGAAGCCAAUGUUGAAAGGAUGAAAGCAGGCAAGCAGCAUUGGGCCUGGGAUUACAACCUACCAGCGACUUUCAUUGUGGUCCCACGUCGGAAAACCUCCAAGGUUCCAGCCUCCUGGAAGCAAGGAGAGCACCGCGUCUACCAUUGGAAGAACUGUAUGAAUAUCCAUGCAGGUAGCGCUUGGGAGGAAGGUAAUGGAAAACUGUAUCUCGAGACAUCCCGGGUCCACGACAAUGCUUUUCCGUUCUUCCCGCCUGACGACGGGAGAAUGCCAGCCCCAGAUGCCAAAGCUGACUUUGUUCGCUGGGCGAUUGACCUCAAUGCCCCAAGUGGGACACAGAUGGUAGACCCAGAGGUCAUCCUUGACGUACCAUCUGAGUUUCCACGGAUUGACGAGCGAUUCAUGACGAAGAGAAACGAAUACCUCUUCUUAAACGUCUUUAUCCCCGAAACAUCCCAGGGCGGAACAAACAUCUUUCACGGGCUCAAUGGCUUAGCUAUGCAUAGUCACAGCACUGGCGAAACGAAGUGGUUCUUUGCAGGCAAGGACUCUCUUGUCCAGGAACCAAUCUUUAUUCCUCGUACUGCUGACGCGCCUGAGGGUGAUGGAUGGAUCAUUGCUAUGCUAGAGCGGCGUGUUGCGAAUAGGAGUGAGCUUGUUGUUCUUGAUACGAAAGAUUUUGAAAAGCCUGUCUCUUUUAUACAGCUCCCUAUGCAUCUCAAAGCUCAGGUACAUGGGAACUGGAUCGACGGCAGAACACGAGCGUCUACAGAGGCAAUUGUGAGGCAGAUGGAAGAAGUUAGGGUCAGUGGAAGAGGAGCUCUGGAGCCAUUGGCAUGA